CGUGUGACGUCAUCUCGACGUAGCGCUGAGGGGAACUUCCGCGUUCAGUCUUCGCGCGGUGUUUUGUUUUCUGCGUCCCAUAAAUUAUAGUAAAAAUGCUGCCUUGACAUUUUAUAUUUAAUGUUUAUGUGCUCGUUCUGAAUUGAAAAGACCGUACGGAUAGAAACGUUAGCCAUGUAGCUAGCUCGGCUGGCAGGUAGCUAUAGUUGGUUGCCAUCAAUGGAGAGAGUGUCAAAACCAUCCGUCGGGCGAGAGAAGGAGCUCUCUGUCGGUGUGAUGUCUGACAUUCUGUCUCUACCCUCCUACAAAGACUACCCCGCAGGCCGCCCCUUCGUCAACACCUCUCUACCCUCCUACACACUCACAACUCGCAACACACACACACCCUGCCAGACACUGUCCAGCAAGGCAUUCCCAGAAAGCAGCAGUGCAGCGAUCCUGUCUGCUCUGAUGAACCUACAGGAGAAGAUCAGGAAGCUGGAGUUGGAGAGAGGCAGAACGGAGCUGAGUUUACACAGCCUGGAGAGAGAGACCUCACACACUGCCCUAAGGAGUGACACACACAAACUGAGAGACACACAUAAACCCACAGACACACAUAACGAGAGAGAGACCUCACACACUGCCCUAAGGAGUGACACACACACACUGAGAGACACACAUAAACCCACAGACACACACGAGAGAGAGACCUCACACACUGCCCUAAGGAGUGACACACACACACUGAGAGACACACAUAAACCCACAGACACACACGAGAGAGAGACCUCACACACUGCCCUAAGGAGUGACACACACACACUGAGAGACACACAUAAACCCACAGACACACACGAGAGAGAGACCUCACACACUGCCCUAAGGAGUGACACACACACACUGAGAGACACACAUAAACCCACAGACACACACGAGAGAGAGACCAGCAACCAGUCAGAACACAGCCAAGUGUUAGUGACUCAGCUGGCUGCAGCAGAGGCUCGCUGUAAGCUGUUGGACAGACAACUGGAGUACAUGAGGAAGAUGGUCCGCAACGCAGAGGCCGACAGAACAACCCUGCUCAAACGCCAGGUUUCCCUGGAGAUGACCAGGUCUGCUGCUCCUGCCCCUGCCCCUGACUCCGCCCACCUUGCCCAGUUAGAGAAGCUGGAGCUACUGGAGCAGGAAUACCAGAGACUGACCCGCACACAGAACCACGCAGAGAGGAAGAUUCGUGAGUUGGAGUUGAAACUGCUGCAAGAAGAACACCAGAGGAAACUGGUCCAACACCAGACCAACCAGUUACAGACAGGUCUGGAGGCCAAUCGUAUCCUGAUCCAGUCUGUGUCGCCCUCACCCCGCCUUCCCAAAGACAGAAGUACAAUCAGAGAGAAGAAACGCCUCUCCAAGAAACCUGUUCUGCAGCAGACCUCAUACACACAGCCACACUACAGACUGAGCCUAGGAGACGUCCCAUUUGUUGCAGGGAAGUCUGUAGGGUGCAGUCACUCGGUCAGGGCCAACGUCCAGUCUGUUCUCUCCCUGCUGAAGCAGCAUCAGCCCCAGCUAUGUAACGCACGCGUCCUCUCCCACACCCCUCUGGCCCAGCCAGCCAAUGGCAGCGGCUCCUCCUCUUCCUGUGGGGAGGAGCUAUCAGACCUCCUGCUGGCCCUGCAGGAUGAACUGGGACACAUGAGUCUUGAGCAGCAGGAGUUGGUGCGGCAGGCUGAGACCUGUGUGUGUGAGCGGGAGAGGAGGGGGGUGGAGAGAGAACAGGAGACUCUACUCAGGAGAAUGGAGAGAAAAGCAGAGCAGAUCAGCAAGCUACGCAGACACCAAGCACAGGUGAAGAGGUUUAGGAGAGAUGCUCGUCAGAAGCAAAGUGGAGAGGUGAAGGUGACCACGCGCGGUCGCUCUGCCGGGGCGGUCAAGGUUCGACCGGGGGACCGUAGCAGGAAAAGUCUAACACUGCUCAGGGACAUGAAGUCCCUGCAGACCUCGCUACACCCCAACCAACCACAAUGGAGCUACUGACCACAACAGGACCAACCACAAUGGAGCUACUGACCACAACAGGACCAACUGACCACAACGGGACCAACCACAAUGGAGCUACUGACCACAACAGGACCAACCACAAUGGAGCUACUGACCACAACAGGACCAACCGCAAUGGAGCUACUGACCACAACAGGACCAACCGCAAUGGAGCUACUGACCACAACAGGACCAACCGCAAUGGAGCUACUGACCACAACAGGACCAACCGCAAUGGAGAUACUGACCACAACAGGACCAACCUCACUGACGUGACUGAGACACUGUUACUCACCAACAACAGGACCAGGACCAUGAUGCUGAAGAUCAGACUUUAUCAACCUGAACUUCUCUGAUGGACAUCCCGUGGGUGUCGUUGUUUAGGGAAGAGGAAUGAGGCCUACCAAGGACAUUUGGAAGAGAAGGAUGCUGAUGAAUGACCUCCAGGGACAUUGGGGUGUAGGGAAGAGGAAUGAGGCCUACCAAGGACAUUUGGAAGAGAAGGAUGCUGAUGAAUGACCUCCAGGGACAUUGGGGUGUAGGGAAGAGGAAUGAGGCCUACCAAGGCCAUUUGGAAGAGGAGGAUGCUGAUGAAUGACCUCCAGGGACAUUGGGUUGUAGGGAAGAGGAAUGAGGCCUACCAAGGACAUUUGGAAGAGGAGGAUGCUGAUGAAUGACCUCUAGGGACAUUGGGGUCUAGGGAAGAGGAAUGAGGCCUACCAAGGACAUUUGGAAGAGGAGGAUGCUGAUGAAUGACCUCCAGGGACAUUGGGGUGUAGGGAAGGCGGGUAAUGAUGUUGUAUUUCAGAUGUCUUUGGUAGAGCAGCAUAGCAGUGACAUCACACAGAACACUCCUCCUGAUGUUACAGUAAAUCUGCUUCAUCUAUUGGCUCUCCCAGGGGGUUUAACAGGGUGUGUUGUAUACAUCUGAUACUGUGUGUUCCACUGUUGCUGCAAACCUCAGCUCACUGCAAUAGACUGAAUUUUGUGUGUAGUUUUGUGUAUUAAAUAGUGUAACCACUCUGCUCUGCAAUGAUUCCCUAAGAUUAAGACACAUUUGAGUGUGUGAGUAGGGAACGAACAGGUGGAGGGGGGGGGUGUUGUUGUGGGUUGGGAAACCUUAUGAUUUCCCUAAAGAUGGUGUGUGUGUGUGUGUGUGUGUGUGUUGAGGAUUGCUGUUGUUUACUUGGACCAACAUUUUACAUUUGUUCGAUUUCUACAGUUAUGGCUUGUGUAACUUGUCUAUCAAAUGGUCUGAAAUAAACCAUUUAUUUUCUAGUGUUGACACUUUCCUUGAUAUGAAUAACAUAACUUUCCUUAUGGUGUUUAGUUUGUCAGCUUCCUGAAACUCAGACCAUCUAUAUUUGAAUAAAGAUAUCUCCUGCCA